CUAGUGUUUUUGUUCCUGCCUGUCGUUCUCCCUCUUCACCACUAGAGGCAGACAUUUCUGUUGUCAACACAGUUUCUGGGUUUUCUCUGGCAGAGUUUAAACCGAAAAACUUCAGGACAAUUUUAUGUAUGCAAGUGUUCUGUGUGUUUUCUUAUCGGACAUUGUUUUCAUCGUAAAUGUCCGAUCAAGUCCUCUGAUCCGGUUCUGUUGAGCUCUCUCCUUGAAAUUCUAGUAUAGGAUGUCUUUUCUUUCUGGGCUCAUAAAAAAGACCCGCGUGACCACUUCAUGACCCCAGCAGUAAAAAGCCUCAGGCUGCAGAGUAAGCAGGCUCAGCGAGCAGAGUCCAGCCGCCCGCCGCCUCCUCCCCGUCUCUGACUGGAGGAGAUGAUCGUCUCCGGCUGCUCGCCGACCAUGCCGUCGGGGAAGACGGUCAAGCUCUUCUUGUAUGAGGGGCUGCAGUUCGCCGCUGUCGUGGUGCCCCUCUUUGUCGUCAUGGAGAGGUUCGCCCGGGUCGUCCGUGUGGCGAAGGGGUGGGACGAGACGGCUUACUGGCUGGUGGUGGCGGCCUCCAUCGCCUACGUGACCUCUGUGACCCUGCUGGUGUGGGCUCCGCUGAAGUACGUGACCCUGAAGAGGCGGAGGGUCGUCGCAGAGAUAACUCAGUGGAGGCCGACGGCGCUGGCGUACCUGCUCCUGUGCACGCUACCGUGUUUUGCCAUCAUCGUAGCUGGCUUCAAGGUGCAGAUGGACAGUGGACUCUACAGUGACCCGUUCACAGAGCUGCCCGUUUCCUUGGUGCUGUUCUGUCUCAUCUGUGUGGACGUCAUCGAGAGGAUACGCCCGUGGAGGCUCAUGGGAAAAUCCAACACCUUUGACCCGGACGGGGACGCGUCGGGCCCCGUCCCCCCCCGCCUGGAGCGGGUGACCACGGUGUCGGCGCAGCUGCCGGCCAAUGGAGGUCAGGAAGAGCCGGCCCGCGUCCAGGGCGAGGUCAGCAACGGCGGCAGAUGGUCAGAGCACGCCGACUCAUCCAGGCCUUCGCCUCUCAGCGCACGCACCUACCCCACGUCUUACCCGUACUCCUCCUCCUCCUCAUGGCGACCCUUGACCUACUCCGGGCCCCUGCGCGUCCUGUGGAGGCGGGACGGCCGGGCGAAGGUGUUCAUGGCGAGCUUCCUCUUCUGGUUGGACACGGUGGAGAUGCUGAGGUCAGCAGGAGAGCCGUCAGUCUUUGGCACGGGGUGGGUGUUCCCCGUCUACGUCCUGACCUUCCUCUCGGCUCUGCGGGUCAUCAUCGCUCCUCAGAGCGGCCUGCUGCCUCUGGCGGGGGUCGUUCUGCAGGACCUCCCGUUCUUCGUCCUCCGUUUGGCUCUGACGGCGGCGUUCGGCUUCAUCACGCCGGUGCUGUACCUCAUGAAGAACCUCCUGGUGUGUCUGUCCUACGUCUACUUCACAUGGCUGACCCGGCUGACGCCCUUCAGAGGCCACAGCAUGUUCUAGAGGUCCAGACAUCGAACUGAAGCCCUGCGAAGGUUCAUCCUAAUCCCAGCGUGGAACAUAAUCUAGAGUUUAAACGUAAAGUUCAGGCUCUUCUUUGUGUCCAGCUGUAUUUAUUUAUCUUUUAUUUGCUACAUUUGACUAUUUUAUUGCAAUGAUGAAUGUAAACGAUUCCAUUGGAACCAUAAACAGUCCUUUUCAGCUCUGCUGUGAACAGUAAAAAAGUACCUCCAAUUAAGUUUUUAAAGGUGGAAAAAUAAAGAUAAUUGUUUUGUUUUUUUUACUUAAAAA